GUCGUUACAGGCGCAGUGCAGCCGUGGGAAUGUAAGGAGGAAUGGCGCCGGUCGAGAGCCGAUCACUGAAUUGGACCAUACAGGAGCUCCCCGCAUCUGGUUGAAUCUCCAAUGAUGAUGAUCCAACCUGCCCCCUGACAAGGACGACGUAGAAAGUUUUAUCCGAUAUAUUUACCACGAACACAGCAAUCACUUGCACCGUAAUGCAACAUAUGAAAGUACAGGAUCAGCAGGUACAAAUGGAUCCGGAACUGAAAGUCACCUCCUCGCCCGCCAGAGUACAUCCCUCCUCCGCCUCCCAGCCCAUCGAGCCCAGCCCAGCGGCCCGACCCAGGGACGGCAGGAAGGGCGGCCACAGCACCCCCUCCACCCCGGCCUUCCUCUCAAACCUGGGAAAGGCCACACUCCGGGGAAUUCGCAAAUGCCCCCAAUGCGGUGUCUAUAACGGCACCCGUGGGCUCAGCUGCAAGAACAAGGCGUGCGGGGUUACCCUGAGGGAUGGAUCCACAGGUGAGAGGAGCGGACACAAGAAGAUAGUGCUGGAGGUGGUGAAGGUGGUCCUUGAUGCCGGAGAGCGGGACACUGUUUCGGGAGAGGAAACCGAGGAGGAGGCUGGAGGAGGGGUACAGGUGUUCUCUGUGUGUCAAAAGGGGCGGAGUUCAGCGCCUGUGCAGCUGGGCUUCGUUGAGCUGGUCCCCACCGACACCGCCAUAGCCACCAGCGAGGGUGCCACCCUACUCACCAGGAUCAACCUCGGCCGCUGCUUCCUGCCCUCCUGCCGGCAGCAAGCUCAGAGGUCAAACGCUAUCCCGUCGGGGCAGUUGAUGGGCGACGACGGGUCUCCGGGGGGGCCGGAUUCCUCGGACAAUAACAACGUGUGCGUCCACGUCAAGCAGGCCAUGGAGUGCCAGAGCCUGGCCAGCCCCCUGUCCCUGAAGAGCACCGUGCUGGAGGGGCUGCCGGUGCCCGUUGAGGUGCGGGACGAGCUCUGGAGGCUGGCCACCGAGACCCCGGGGCCGCUGGUGCAGCGAGUGUCGGCCGACAGACUGGUGGUGAAGUGCCACUCGGACCCCAACCACCCGCUGGGCCUGCUGCACCUGACGAUCGGCUCUAGCACGGCGGGGAGGAGCAGAGACGGACAUGUGCCGCAGCAGGAGGAGGCUUUUCACUGUAGCUGUCAGGUCAGCGCCAGGAAAGGCAAGGGGGCAUCCUCUCAGGCCCAGCUGGGCUCAGCAGGGGGUCCGGAGCCCUGUCUCCACUUCUACGCCUGUGUGUGCGCCCUCGCCAGUGACGAACAGCUGGCCUCCGAUUAUCAUGCGUUCAUCAAUUACACCCCAAAAGUUAUAGGUGAGUCAAGGAGAUUGACCAGCAGAAGUCAUUGUGCGGCAGGGAAACUGUCACUGCAACAACACGAGCCAAUCAGCUCUCUCCAUAAACGGAAGCGACUCCGCCCGGAUGACCCUCUCGCCCUCUCGGCGGUCCCUCCUGCGGGGGCUGGGAGUGCGGGGCCCGCCCCCGUCUCCCAGAGGAAACCUGUUCAGAGGAAAAUACAGUGCGCCAGUGGCCACAAAAGCACAGGCAGUUCCCAGGUGGUGGAUGAGAACAUCGUUGCAAUGGGCUUCCAUCAGUGGCUGGCCGGUGUGACUGAGAGGAUCCACCAGACCAUGCACUACCAGUCUGAUGGGAGGCCGGAGCCCCUGGUCUACCACAUCCCCCAGGAGUUCUUCCAGGCCCUGCAGCACCGCCUCUCCUUGGGCUCCAAGAAGAGGAGGCUGCCCAACGCAACCACAGCCGUUGUGAGGACUGAGCUGCCCCUGGGCUCCUACUCCAAGUACUCGUGGCACAUCACCAGCCUCCUGCAGGUCAAACAGAUCUUCGACACCCCAGAGCUGCCUCUGGAGCUGACCCAGAGCUUUGUGAGGAACAUCGACGGCUCCUACUCUCCGUUCCGAUGCCCCGACCCGCCCUGUGAAUCGGAGGCGGUUGCCAUGGGUUACCGGACGGACAAACCCCAGGUCAUACGGCCGCUGGAACUGCGCACCUUCCUCAAAGUUGGAACCUGGGCGGAGGACCCGAAGGAGGCCACGCCGUUCCUCAUUGAGUGGACCCCCGACCUCCUGCCGCUGUCCCGCCUGGGGGAGCUGAGGAUCGGCUUUGAGUUCGGUCACCAGCAGAGCGGCCAAUCAGAACACGGGAUGUGUGAGGGGGCGGGGACUGCAAGGGCGGUCGGGACCGCUCGUAACAAGCUGUCGGCGGAACACGCUGGUGCACACACUCUGGAGAUCCUGCAGGUCGUUGCGUAGAACUGAGGGAACAUCAAAGUAGACUGUGUUCCUCCUCAGAUACAGUGGUUGUUGUCAGGUGGUGAAGAUCUAUAAUCAAUUGAGUGAUGUAACUUGUGACUGUGAUUGUCCAAUCAUUGACUUGAUUUGAUUUAGUCAAAUCAUGAAUUGACUCAUGGAUAAACAACAGCUUUUUUCCAAA